GCGGCGGCGGCGGCGGCGGGUAAGAUGAAGCCGUACUCUCUUGUGCAAAAUUGGCUGAUUUGGGGUUUUCUGGUCCUCGUUCCCUCAGCAGUGCAUUUGAGCUGGUCUGGAACCGCCCACCGGGAGCUCCCACAGCAGCCUAGGAGGAUGCCCUGGAGGCCCAGCUAGGGCCCGACUUUGGCCCCAUGCGGCUCACCCGCUGCCAGGCUGUCCUGGCAGCCGCCAUCACGCUCAACCUCCUGGUCCUCUUCUAUGUCUCGUGGCUACAGCACCAGCCCAGGAACUCCCGGGCCCGGGGUCCCCGCCGUGGAGCUGCCGCCGGCCCCCGCGUCACCGUCCUGGUGCGCGAGUUCGAGGCCUUCGACAACGCGGUGCCAGAGCUGGUGGACUCCUUCCUGCAACAGGACGCAGCCCAGCCGGUGGUGGUGGCCGCCGACACGCUCCCCUACCCACCCCUGGCCCUGCCCCGGGUCCCCAACGUUCGUCUGGCGCUACUCCAGCCCGCCCUGGACCGGCCCGCCGCCGCCUCGCGCCCCGAGACCUAUGUAGCCACCGAAUUCGUGGCCCUGGUGCCCGACGGGGCUAGGGCCGAGGUACCGGGCCAGCUGGAGCACAUGGUGGAGGUGCUCCGGGCCGGAGGUGCACGCCUGGUGGCCGCCCCCGUCGCCUCCGCCAACCCCGCCCGCUGCCUGGCCCUGAACGUCAGCCUGCGCGAGUGGACCGCCCGCUACGGCCCCGCCCCGUCCGCGCCCCGCUGCGACGCCCUGGACGGGGACGCCGUGGUGCUCCUGCGCGCCCGCGACCUCUUCAACCUGUCGGCGCCCCUGGCCCGGCCGGUGGGCACCGGCCUCUUCCUGCAGACGGCCCUCCGCGGCUGGGCCGUGCGGCUGCUGGACCUGCCGUUCGGCGCGGCGCGCCUGCCCCCGCUGGCCACGGCCCACGCGCGCUGGAAGGCGGAGCGCGAGGGGCGCGCGCGGCGGGCGGCGCUGCUGCGCGCGCUGGGCAUCCGCCUGGUGAGCGGGGAGGGCGGGCGGCUCGAGUGGUUCGGCUGCAGCAAGGAGACGCCGCGCUGCUUCGGGACGGUGGUGGGCGACACGCCGGCCUACCUGUACGAGCAGCGCUGGACGCCGCCGUGCUGCCUGCGCGCGCUGCGCGAGACCGCCCGCUACGUGGUGGGCGUGCUGGAGGCGGCGGGCGUGCGCUACUGGCUGGAGGGCGGCUCGCUGCUGGGGGCCGCCCGCCACGGGGACAUCAUCCCGUGGGACUACGACGUGGACCUGGGCAUCUACCUGGAGGACGUGGGCAACUGCGAGCAGCUGCGCGGCGCCGAGGCGGGCUCGGUGGUGGACGAGCGCGGCUUCGUGUGGGAGAAGGCCGUAGAGGGCGACUUCUUCCGCGUGCAGUACAGCGAGAGCAACCAUCUGCACGUGGACCUGUGGCCUUUCUACCCCCGCAACGGGGUCAUGACCAAGGACACGUGGCUGGACCACCGGCAGGAUGUCGAGUUCCCCGAACACUUCCUGCAGCCUCUCGUGCCCCUGCCCUUCGCUGGCUUCGUGGCGCAGGCGCCUAACAACUACCGUCGCUUCCUGGAGCUCAAGUUCGGCCCCGGGGUCAUCGAGAACCCCGAGUACCCCAACCCGUCGCUCCUGAGUUUGGCGGGAAGCGGCUGAGGCUCCAGCGGCCGCUCCUGGGGUCGGGAGAAGAACGCUCAUGCGCGGGGAGCUGGCCUUCGCUUCGGCGCCGCUGGCGUUUGGUGGGCGGGCCGGGGAUGCCCAGCUGCCCUGCAAGGCCCAGCACAGGCCGGGACGUCGAAGACCUACGCGGCCCAAGAUUUCCGAGAGCGUGGGCUUUAUUCAGAGCACGGACACUUUUUGUAAAGAGGAAAGCGUGUGGGUUCUGGGCUGGACUGCCGCGACCAAAACCCCAGCUCUACCACUUGCGACUUAGGUGGGCCUGGGCGACUGUCCCAGCUUCUCUGUGCCUCAGUUUCUUCCGGGAUUCAACGAGCGCCCUCUGUCCAGCUCACAGUCCGUGGGGCACUUGGUUGCUGGGGCUGCUUCCGCCACCAGGGGGCGCCGUGGUCCUGCUGUGGGGCCAAGGCGCCGGUAAGCCUGUCCCCUCCGUUGUUCUGUUGCUUUCCUGACUCUUGAGUCUCAGGCCUCCCUAAUCCCCUGUGUCUUGCAGGACCGGAUAACUAUCGCCCUUCGAGAGCCCCGGGAGGUGCAUGCUGCCCUUGACCUCCUCUUCCAGAGGAGGGAACAGGCUCAGAGCCCUGAGCUGCAGCUAUGGUUAAGAACCGGGUCCCGGAUGCCGGCCCCACUCCAUGUUAACGGUGUUACCUCAUUACUUCAGCUCUCUGCACCUGUUAGCCCACUGCAAGGCCGGAUAAACAGUCGUCAUAACUCACGUUACUCAGCACAUACCGUGUGCCAGGCAUCCUUCUCAGUAUUUCACACAGAUUCACUGAUUUAUGUCUCACCCCCAGGUCCUGAGGUGAGAGCUGCUAUUAUUUCCAUUUUACAGGGGAGCAAACUGAGGCUAGAAUGGUAAAGCCAUUUGCCCAAGGUCAGACAGCUUGGGAAGUGACCGAGCAGGGACUUGAACCCAGGCAGUCCGUCUGGAGCCCACACAGAAGUUGGAUACCAUGCCCCUCUCUGUGGUGCCGCUCUGCGUCUCCGAAACUCUGCUUUGCACCUAAGAAAUGGAGGUGACUGGGCGCUGGGUGGCACUUGAGUGGUAAAGGGGUCAGGAAUCAAGGCUGGGGUUGGCUCCUGGCUUGGCCACUUAUUUCCUUGGUCAUCUUAGGCAACUCACAGCCUCCCUGAACCUCUAGGUCGGGUGUGGGGGAUCGGUGUCAUUGCAGACACAUGAAGCCCUUGGAGGAGGAGACCUCACAGGCCAGCAAGAGGGAAGACGCAUGCAAAUUUGUCCCAGUCUCCUGAGACUCAGAUGUCCAAAGCCUGACUUCUUAGAACACAGCCUCUGGCCCCGAGACCGUUGGGUUUCCGUGGAGCGUUUGGGAAACAUACGGGGAUGAUUUGGGGUGAUCACGGGGUGCUCUUGGCUCUCCCGAGCCACGGCCCGGGGAUGGAGAUGUCCCAUAAUAUGCAGGGCGUCUCCACCUAAUAAACCAUCGUCCCUCGUCACGCGCGGUUUUGAAAUGCCCCACAGGGCAUUCGUGAGGGAUGUGUGAUGUCCAAAACCUUUUGUAACAGGUGCAGUAAUAUAAAUUAAUAUAUAAGCUAAUAUAUGCAUCCGUCUAUUUAAAUAUUUCUUUUUGAUUCUCUAAAGAAUGGAAACGAUCCCUCUGUAUACAUAUUUCUUUAAGUUGUUUGCCAGGAACAUAAGCUGAAGCUCACAUCGUUCUUAAUCGCUGCAAUGAUUUUGUUUUAUUUAGAAACUUGCUUAGAAAUUGUUGGUGUGAUUUCUUGACACAGCUAUAUAUACAUACAUAUAUAUAUUCGUAUAUAUUUAUGAAUAUAUAUAUAUCGCUUAUUUAUUUAUUUAUUUAUUAUAUAAAAUAUAUAUAAAGUAACCCUGCCUUAGCUGUGAUUUGAUAAGGGAACCACAUCCAAGUGCUUCUGGCGACUUCCCACUGAGCUCAGUUUCAUCAGGUGACUUGGGGUCUCAAUAGAUCAUUUCUCUUGGCAUUAUCCACGGCGUUUUGGUGUUUUCUCCUCUCCUCACUGUUCUUGAACUAUCAGCAAUUACACUAAAAUCUUUUGUAGCCUCUCUAA